UUCAUGAUUUCUGCCUCGCGUGGAGUCUCGUGAACUCGUUUAUGAUGGCAGUCCGGGCUUUACUUGCGCUCUCCGUGUUGGGUUAUCUCAGUGUGGCGGAUCUCACCCAGGACUGGACGGGUCCGAACCAAGUCGAGCAGCCGAACCACGCGCGCCCGCACAUCAUCUUCAUCAUGACAGACGACCAGGGCUUCAACGACAUCGGAUACCACAACACAGACAUCCACACUCCGACACUGGACAGGCUGGCGGCCGCAGGAGUCAAGCUGGAGAACUACUACAUCCAGCCCAUCUGCACCCCGUCGCGCAGCCAGUUCAUCACCGGCAGAUAUCAGAUCCACACGGGUCUCCAGCACUCAAUAAUCCGCUCUCGGCAGCCCAGCUGUCUGCCGUUUGGGCUGCGCACGCUGCCGCAGCGCCUGCAGGAGGCCGGAUACGCCACGCACAUGGUGGGAAAGUGGCAUUUGGGUUUCUACAAGCGGGACUGCCUGCCGACUCGCCGCGGGUUCAACACCUACUUCGGCUCUCUGACCGGCAGCGUGGAUUAUUACACCUACAAAUCCUGUGACGGUCCCAAAGUUUGCGGAUUCGACCUCCACGAUGGCGAGCGUGUGGCGUGGGGGCAAGGAGGACGAUAUUCAACACACUUAUACACACAAAGAGUCCGGAAAAUCCUGGCGGCACACGAUCCUUCAUCACAACCGCUCUUCAUCUUCCUCUCUUUCCAGGCGGUGCACACUCCCUUACAGUCCCCAAAGGAAUACGUUUAUCCCUACCGACGCAUGGGGAACAUGUUUCGCCGGAAGUAUGCCGGGAUGGUUUCUGCCGUCGACGAGGCUGUGCGUAAUGUGACGUACGCGCUCCGGAAGUAUGGCUACUAUAAAAACAGCGUCAUAUUCUUUUCCACCGAUAACGGUGGACAGCCUCUGUUCGGAGGAAGCAACUGGCCUCUGCGGGGACGAAAGGGAACAUAUUGGGAAGGAGGCGUUCGUGGGAUUGGAUUCGUGCAUAGUCCGCUGUUGAGGCGUAGGAGGAGAGUUAGCAAAGCUUUGAUUCACAUCACCGACUGGUAUCCGACCCUAAUGAGACUUGCAGGAGGAAACGUUUCCCAAGCCGAAGGACUUGACGGAUUUGACAUGUGGGAUACUAUUAGUGAUGGGAAAGAGUCGCCACGGUUCGAGAUCCUUCAUAAUAUUGAUCCACUCUAUAAUGCGGCUCGGCACGGAUCUUUAAAGAAUGGAUAUGGGAUCUGGAAUACAGCCGUACAGGCUGCGGUUCGAGUCGGAGAUUGGAAACUUUUAACUGGAAAUCCAGGAUAUGGAGACUGGAUUCCUCCUCAGAUGCUCGGGAACUUUCCUGAAUCCUGGUGGAAUUUGGAGCGUCACACGGAGGCCAAGAAAUCUCUGUGGUUGUUCAAUGUGGCGGAUGAUCCGUACGAGCGUUUCGAUCUUGCCGAGCGCCGCCCGGAUGUAGUCAAGCAGCUUCUUGCACGGUUAUCGUUUUAUAACCGGACUGCCGUGCCGGUACGCUACCCUUCAGAGGACCCCAGAGCUGAUCCGAGCCGCAAUGGAGGAGCCUGGGGCCCCUGGGAAGGAGACGGAGAGAACUGGGAGCCGUUUUAUAUCAAGAAGAAAAAAGCCAGGAAGCAGAAGCGGAAGUUCUGCAAAAUGAAGUCGUUUUUUAGGAGGUUGAAUAUUCGGAUUAUGUCAAACAGGAUCUGAAGACUUCCUGCAUGAUUGACUGACUGCUGCAGACGUUGCUGAAGGUCAUUUUAGGGACUUUGAUUAGCUGUUUGCCCUACGGUGGCUGAGAGAGGUCA